AUGAAGAUAAAACGAUUAAAGUACUUGUUAUUUAUUUUAAUUUUGUCUCCAUUUACGAGUAAUAAAAUAUGUAUGUUUAGCAUGGUAGAUGCAAAUGUAGAUAUGAACGGUCCUCCUGACAGAGUUUAUUACUACCCGAUGGGAUUUAAUUUGGCACAUCUAUCUAUUGGACCAGGAGUGGGCAACUUUCUUUCUAUAGAUAGCCAAGUAACCAAUUUUGUUAGUCCAUGUCAGUUCAUGCAUCCAAUAACAAUUCAGUUUAUUGGAUCUUAUCCAAAAAGUGGUAUGACUCCAAUUAAAAAUAUUAUCUGUGAUUCAGUUUCAUUACAAAAAAGCUUACAAAAAUUUCAACUAGGUGCAGACACAGUAAAAGUUGUCAAAGCAUGUACUGAUAUUGCACAAGCUUUGAUGGACAGUGAAACUACUUAUUCAAUAUUUAAUGGAGCAAACAAUAUUACAAUUUGGUUGGAAGGAUCAAAACUUGUAAAUAUCGUUAAAGAAUUUAAUGAACAGCUUCCAAAUAAAAUACCUCAAAUAAUGGAUAGGGAUGUUAAAUACCAAUUUGAUCCCACAAUAUUUGGAAAGGACGUUAUGAAUGAAGUUGGUAUUUCUGUAUACUUAUUUAAGGCUACAUCUUUCCCAUUUAAAAUUAGCGUUGAUUAUUCGGAAAUUGUUCCUGGUACCAAUUCUCAUGGUACAAAUAUUCCUGUCAUAGAAUUCUCUGCUAACAUAACUUUAAGCUAUGAAUUAUCAAAACAGAGCUCAGGAUUAUCAUCUUUCUGGACUCCUCCUACUGGAUUUGGAGGUUUUUUCCCAAUGUUGGUACCUAAUGAUAAAUUUUCAAAUGGUGUGUUGUACACAACAUACACAGAGCCCGGUAAAUAUGCUGGAUUUGUUGCUUGGGGAAAUACAAAUAUUCCAAUUACAAGCCCUUUUGUUAGAAUAGUACCUCCUUCUAGAAUACCUAAUUCUGAUAUCACUUGCACAAGUAAUUACGACUUUUAUUAUCCAACUACUGAAGAACCGGAUGGGUCUGUCAAAGAUUAUCCCAAAGAACUUGAGGCUUUGUUAGAUAAAAAAUCAUCGAAAAUUUUUAGGAACACCGUAACGGUUCAAUCUUACUGGAAUAAGAUCCCAUUUGGUGCAGAUUGGUAUGAAAAUGGCUUUCCUGUGGGAUCUCCCAAUUCACAAUGGAUAGAAACGGGGAACUACUAUGGUGGAUGUUAUUUUAACGGAACAUUUCCUCUUGUUCCAAGCUCAACAAAUCCAGGAUUUGCAGAUACAAUCUGUUCAUCUCAAUCUACUAAUAUUUCAGAUGUAUAUAGAACAGCAUUUUAUCCGCCUCCACUGGAAUUUCUUCAAUAUGGUGUAAGCAAUAUGCAAACCAUGAUUACUUCAAUACUUCAAUACGGAGUGCAUAGUUCUUUAAAUUCCUCUUCAAUUUUCGAUUAUAAUUCAAAUGUGCAAUUUCUGGGGGCAUACCCAUCGUUUCAUAUAUUUGGAGCAACACCUGGAUUACAACUUACAUCCCCCUCCCCAAGACUCAACGUUCCUUUUGUACAAUAUUCAGGUAGAGAUCUGAUAGCUGGAGAUUCUUUUUUUAAUUUCAAUUUUCAAUAUAUGCAAGAUAGGUUUGGGCAUUGCUCUGAACCUAAUGGUUGUUGGAUCUGCUCGAAUCCUAGGAUAAUUCCCUGGAAAACAGAAGUCAUUGAUCAAAUGAAUUUCACUGAAUUCUGUGCUUCAAAUUUAACAGCAAUCCCAAAUUCAAGGAUGAUUGCACUUAAAUUUUAUUAUGGAAAUUUUCAAGAAGAUAUUCCUGCUCAAAUUUCGAGUGGAUUCCAGUCAUGUUUAAAGUCUGUUCCAGAUAGGUGGACUCCUGUUGGAUUAAAUACAACAACAUUUACCUUCAAAGCAGGAGAAUAUCACACCAACACUAUGUUCAUAUAUAACACCCUUUCAAACGAUACAUGUUGUUCUCCAAUGAACACUUAUUAUUAUUUUCAACACUAUUAUACAAUUGUUACCGACGUUUAUCAGCCUAUUCAACUAACGCAAAUCACACCUUAUACAGAUCCAUAUGCAGGUGGAAUCCUUCCAGGGAUAUUUAUGAACAGAAACUUUUCUUAUCAGUUUUAUAUGGACGUUUAUCCUGACAAUACUUGGACUGAAAGUUCUCAACUAAAACUACGAGCUUGGUUAAUGUGCCCUGAAAUAGAGAACAUAGAUUUAAUAGCAAUGCCCGAAAUUGUAACGCUUGGAGAUAUACUUAGUUCAGGUGGAAAAGUUGGUGGGUCUGUAAAAAUUCCUCCUUUUGUACUAUCUAAGUUCUACGGAAGCCCAACUUACUGUGUAUUAAGGGCGUUCAUAUUUGUAAGUGAGGAGACAGAGAAGAAUAAUAUUAAAUCUUUAAAAGCUGUAAAAUUAAGUGAAUAUGAAAAAUUAAAUCCUAGAAUAUAUAGAUCUGAUGAAGGUAUGCAUGAAUACGCACAAUGGAUCUUCGUAAAUAAUGGAUUUAUAGCUAAAAGCUCGAAUAUUCUUGAACCAAACCCUGGGAAUACUUCAAUAUCAGAUGCGCUCUAUACACCUGUGAAUGUAACCCAUCAUUAUAAUUUCACAAUAACACCAUUUUUAUUUUCUGCAGUUGCUUUGAAUACCCCUGUAUUUAGCCCAGAAAGUCAGAUUUUUGAAAUGGUGCUCUCUGGUCAGCAUAAUAGAUUUGGUCUUAGGCUACCACCUACCCAUUCAAAAUGGUAUGUAUUUACUAGAACCGCAGAUAAGUGGGAUCAGGGUUGCUUUGUGAAUUGUGAAGGAGAUAUGAGUAGAAGUCCUUAUGCUGAAUGGUGUUUACCCAAGCUUAAUGAAGAGAAUCCUUUCGCUUAUAAUCUUUGUAACUACACAAUUGUAAAUACCUCUCCAGAUAUUUCUGAAUCACAGAUUGAGGAUGCAAUAGCUGUUGUUACAAAUCCAAUUUCUUACCUUUCCUAUGUUGACACAAUGAGUCUUGUUAAUGCUCUUUUUUCACUUCCAACUACUUUUGAACUUGUAUGGGGAAAAUAUUUUGAAUUAAUAUAUGAAACUGCAGUAAAUUCACACACUGUAUCAUUUAAUCAAGAUUAUCCUUUUGCGCAGCCAACAACAUUAGCAGUAAUAAACAGAAUCUUGAGCAAGUACUACUACGGAGAAAGGCUUGAUAUUAAAAAGUCAUUGCCAUUUAAUUCAAUACAAAGAAUAUACACUUUGGUAGAAUGUUUUUUAGUGAAUGGACUUGAUAACCUCGUAUUGAACUCAACUGAUCUAAUUGGUGUCACAAAUCCUCUUCCAGAGUUAUCUCCUGAAAAUUUGAAGGUUUUGUUAAGUGUUUAUCAGGGUGUAGCUUCUAGAAAAAGUUAUACCCAUGGAAUUCAUGAUCAGUACUCCAUUAUUACAGAAAAAACAGGUAAUGUUCUAUUUAGCAGUACGUUCAAUCAGGUUGAUAUGAGCAAAGGUCUUAAAGUAGGUGGGAUAUCUUUUCCUGAAAUAAGUAUGAAAGAUAUUCAACCCAAAAACAUACUAUUCCACGAUGGUGUUUAUUACAAAAUUAAUGAAAAAUUAUAUGAAAAUAAUUUGGCAAUCGAAGGAUUUAAAUCUUGUUCAAAGAGCUUCAACACAAUUACUGUGAUAAGGACAGGUGGCUACCUUAGUAACUACUUGCUCAUGAAGAACCUAAAAAAUAUUGAAGAAUAUCCUCUUGCAUUUAGUUCCUUUGUGUUAUGCACUUUGGAAUAUGAAAUUUGGAAUCUAGAAAGUAAUGUUGAGCUUUCUUUCUUCGUAGAAUAUAAAGAGGAAUUGGAUUAUUCGGAAGUGAAAUGUACAGCAAUGAAACAGGAUAAAUCCGAACUUUCAGAUGAGCUAUGCACUACAGAGAGGGUAAAACAUUUUACAAAUCAAACGAUUGAAUUCAAGUGCAGUUGUUCUGCAAUCACAUACUACGGCCUUAAGGGUAAACCAAUGCCAUAUAUAACAUAUUUAUCCGAAAAAAGCCUUACGCCACUAUUUUCUAAAUCUAGGCCCAAUAUACUUCAGCCAUAUAUGAUCAUUUCAAAUCCCAAAUUAUCUAGUUACUGCAAUCACUUUCUUCCAAUUAAUAUCCGGCUAAAAAAUAUACCCGAGUUCGUUCCAGAUGAAAGUUUGUCUUUGAAUUUCAAAUGUGCAAUUCCUGAAUCUGCAUAUUCUAGUUUGGAUUUUUGUACAGAGUUUGAAAAAGAACUGCAAUACAUGGAUUUUUCCUUUUCAAGAUUAGGGCAGGAUAUAAAUAUAACAUAUUAUGCAAAACCAGAUAUCAUUCAAAGAACAACUCUCCCAACAUCAUUAUCAUUUUGGAGGCCAUUAGAUCAGCAAGAUGAACUUCCUCAAAUAAAUGGGAUCGUCGGAGUAACGGUUUUAUUAAAUAUAACGCUCGAGUUAAGUAACUUAGACUUAGGAAACGAUUUACCCGAUUUAUUUGGAUAUGCGAUUUUUGAUAUUGCAACAUCGCUAGAAACUAGCACAACACAGCAAGCUUCUGAAAUGGGAGAAUUAUCUAGGACAUAUAUUCCGAACAAACUAAUUAAUUUCCCAGGAGCAUUAACAAAAUCAAAAAUCCCCAUUUCUUCUAUUAUUCAACAAAUUAUCCCAUAUUCUAUACCAUAUAAUUCUACAAACAAUUGCAAAACAUUUUUAAAGAGUUACUUCUCAAAUAAUUAUUUGAAAAGCAUUGAAUUAGAAAUGGGAGAGAGUCUUGGGAUUAUCAAAGAUAAUUACUUUAAUCCAGAAUUAUUAUUCUCAAUAGGUAGCUGUAGAAUUUCAAUUUCAGAUGAAGAAUAUAUUAAGGGAGGGGCACUUGACUGUAUAAAAUCUACUUCAAAAAUAAACUUAGACAUAAAUAUCUUAGAACAGCCAAUAUCAAUGAUAAAUAUUACAAAAAUUUCCAGUCUAGGUUCAUUCACUUCUUCGAAGGAUAAAUUAAUUUUGCAUAAUGAAACAAUCCAGCCGAAUAUUAAUGCUUAUUUUCCAUCGAUUGUUUCUAAAAAUUAUCCAAGAAUAACAAUCGAAACGGGUACUUCUAAAACUAUAGACCAGAUCGUUUCUCAAGCUGGAUAUUGCGACUCAAUCAAAACAGGAUGUUCAUCUUGCAGAGCUUCGAGAAGCUAUCAAGCCGAUUUUCAAUUUCAAGAUCAAGAAAUUCGAUAUUACUGCUCUGCAACUUCUGAUAAAAAUCAAGUCGAAAGUAUUAGUGAAGGAUUAAUGGCAGCAUGUAGAACAGAUGGUUCGUAUUGGGGUCAAGCAUGCUCAUUUCAACAGUCGAAUACAACUCUUUCAGGUAAUACUACCUACACCGAACUUGGCUUAAUACCACAAGAAUAUUUAACUUAUAUGGUUCUUGCGGUAGGGAUAAAAAGUAAAACUAUCGAUGCAGUUGAAUGCCAAAACUUUUCUCUUUCGUUAGUUAAUAAAGAAUUACCGCUACAAAUCAUCCCACUUAAGAUUCCAAAGGUAAUUUCUAAAGCUUCAAAGACUUUAAUGUUGACGCAAGUAAAAUUUAUUGGAGGGAAUGGCUGGAACAAUUUAAAAGACUUAAAAUUUUUUUCUUUUGCAUAUUUUGAAAAUACUGGUUAUUUCAGGUUGAAAACUACUCCUAUUAUGUACAACUUAACAGAUCAAAUAAUUAAAAAAGAACCAAUAGCUGUCUCAAUUCAAUUCAAUAUUACUGGAAUUGAGGUUAAUCCAAGAGAUAGAAGGCUCACUGUAAUACUUUUAGUUUCAAAAGAAAACUCUAACAAAACAAUCAAUGAAAAUGAAUUAGAUUUAAUUGUGAGAAGAAACAACAUUGAUAAUCUAGACUCUUCUGGUGAAUAUGUAUCAUAUGUCUGGAAGGAUUUUUCGUUUGAACACGAUUUUUCGUUAAUAAAAAUUAAAGAUAAAAUUGGAAAUAGGGGGGUUAAACAAAUUACUCCAAUUAAUAUCAUGAUUUCAAACUUAUCUGGAAUGAGCAGCUGGAAAUAUUCAUUACUUGCAACUACUAAUGAUGAAAGCUCCGAAAACGAGCAAAAUAACAAGUUCAAAAGCAAUUCAAUAUUACUAUCCUUUUUAUCGUCGGAAAUUCCACAAUAUUUAAGAUUGCCAACAAAUCAUGAGUCUUGGAAAGUACACCUGAUUAUUCAUAAUCAAGAUAAUGAACUGCUUUGUGGAAUAGACUGUUCAGAUAUCAACAAUAAUGAUAUAGAUAAACAUUUAAGGAAUAUGUUUUGUUUAGAAGAUUCUGGUUCUAAAUGUAGAUUUUUAAUCUUUGAAAAAUCAAAAGAAAUUAACAUGGAACAAGCCGUUCAGCUAGAAGACGAAUUUAAAAAGGAUUAUUCUGACUUGUUGGAAUAUUUUUUGAAUAAUCGAACAAUUGGAAAUUUAAAUGACAGAUUGAUGAUUGCAUCGGUUCUAUCUACAAAACUAGAUUUUUUGUCAUUAGAACAGUUGAAAAACUUUGAACAAGGAUUAAUUGAAAUAAAUCCCGAUAGUAGAGAUACGACAGGAGGAAAUUCAGUAAUGAUUUUAUAUAUUUUCUGGAGAUUACUAGAGUUUAAUUAUGGAAAGUUGGAUAGACUUUCAUUACCAAACUCUCCAUUUGAAUCCGAAAAAUUAUUUAGAAUAGCAUUAAAGGCCGAAUGCGGAUAUAAUCAAGGAUUUAAAAAUUUGAUAAUCGACAUUUUAGAUUUCUUAGUUGAAUUGAGAGUAUUGGUCGAUCCCGAAAUUGAUGCUAAUUUGUUUGGAGCAUUUUCAGUUAAUCAGUGGGCAAUGAAUAAUGAUUUUGGGAGUAACGUAGAAAUUAAAGGAAAAAAGAGCAAAUUAACAAUUCAAAGCUCGAUAGUUUCUGAGCUAGAUUUAUAUACCGGUAUUAAUCUGGGAAAUGAACUAUUUAUUCCUGCUCUCGACCUGAGUAACGGAAAACUUGAUAAUAUUGAUAUUUUGUUAGUAAGGAAUAUAUACUUUAAUUUACACCAAAGUAAUAUUGAUUUUCAAGGAAGCUGGGGAAGAAAUCUAUUUGUUAAAUGCCAAGAUCCAAGAUAUGGUUUUACUAUUAUUAAACCUCCGUUAGAAGAUUAUCUUAUUGAAUUAACCAAUAAAAUACAGCUUGAUACAAGUUAUAAUGGGGUUUUUCAAAAAUUAUAUGAUGUCUUCAUAUCAAGGUGCGGUUACGAAUAUCGUCUUUAUGGAAUUAGCAACAAAAUUAAUUUUAUUGUUAGCCCAGAAUACAGCCCCAAUUUUGUUUUGGGUAAAUAUUUAAGCUAUAAAUGCGCAUCAAAAGGAGAAGAUGAUUCUUGGUCUCAAAAUGGUUGUGAAACAGAAUUCAAACAGGGUAAAAUAAUCUGUAGUUGUGAUUCAAUAGGAGAAUAUGGUUUAGUUACAACUUAUCAGUCUUCACUUACAGAAGUUGUAGUGAAGCUAUCUCACAAUCCAGGUUCUAUACAAGAAGUUAACAUUAAUGGUAUUAUAUAUAAAGUUAACAACGGAAAAUUCUAUUAUAAAGACCAGGUAUUCGACAUCAUCUCUAAUGAAAUGAUCAUUAUUUAUCCAGACAAAGUCACUAUAGGGAAACAUCAGUUCCUUUUAAAAAAUUAUUCCAAAUAUGAUGUUGUUAAUAAAUUAACUCUUAGACAAGAGGGUGCCCUCGGGACAAUAAGCCUUAGGUCAAAAGAAUAUAAUGUUGAAAUCGAAGGAUCUGACAUAAUUCAUGACGGGUUUAAACAAGGAAAUUAUUCUCAAAACUCGACUCUAAUCAUAAUUUAA